UGCACUUAGUACGGCUUACUACAUUGGUUUGGUUGUUUUUUUCUCUUCGUGCAAGCACGACUUACUUUUUGUGGUAUCGUUUUGCUCACUCGCAGGAGAUAAGAUUAUAACUGUUGAACAAAAUAAUAAGCUCUGAAGUGCUGGAUUCAUUCAUUCCAGAGGUCAACUACGAUCAGUGAAGAACAGAACGAAAAAUGGUAUCAUCUAACGCAAAUCAAUUACGCUACGAUGGCCGUGUGGUAAUUGUGACCGGAGCUGGAGCAGGUCUCGGCCGUGAAUAUGCUCUACUGUUUGGUUCCCGAGGGGCAAAGGUUGUUGUCAAUGAUUUAGGUGGCAAUUUCCAUGGUCAGGGUAAAUCAAAUGCUGCCGAUAAAGUUGUUGACGAGAUCCGGGCUGCCGGUGGAACUGCCGUUGCUGAUUACAAUUCUGUCGUGGAUGGUGACAAAAUCAUUCAAACGGCGAUGGAAGCUUUCGGUCGCGUUGAUAUAUUGAUCAACAAUGCAGGAAUAUUGCGUGACAAAAGCCUGGCACGUAUUUCGGAUGAAGACUGGAACCUAAUUCAGGAUGUGCAUCUGAAGGGAAGCUUUCUUACGACCCGUGCUGUGUGGCCAAUUAUGAAGAAACAAAACUACGGUCGAAUUAUUAUGACCUCUAGCAAUUCGGGAGUAUACGGUAAUUUCGGGCAGGCCAACUAUAGUGCUGCCAAGCUGGGAUUAGUGGGACUUGCAAACACUGUAGCUAUAGAAGGUGCGAAAAAUAACAUCCAUUGUAACGUGAUAGUCCCGACUGCUGCGUCGAGGAUGACCGAAGGCAUUUUACCGGAGAUUCUGUUCAAUGAAUUAAAACCCAAACUGAUAGCCCCGGUGGUGGCCUAUCUAUGCCACGAAUCCUGUGAGGACACUGGUGCCAUCAUCGAAAGUGCCGCUGGCUGGGCUACGAAGGUACAUUUUGUUCGCGGAAAAGGUUCCAUUUUGCGGACAUCUAUUGACGAGGUUGUGACACCCGAAUACGUUAAAACGGUUUGGCAUCAAGUAACAGAUAUGUCAAAUGCGAAACAUUUGAAUGCCAUCGGGGAGGCCAGUCUCUCUUUAGUUGAUGUUUUGGAAAAACUAAGAGAAGGGAAAAAUGCGGAGAACUCUGUAACUGAGACGUACAAGUUUAACUUCAAAGAUGUUAUCCUAUAUGCUCUUGGAGUAGGAGCGACCGUGUCCAACGAAAGUGACUUACGCUUCCUCUACGAAAACCAUCCGGACUUUUCCGUCAUCCCGACUUUCUUUAUAUUGCCCGGAUUGCUUUCGGUUAUGGGAUCGAAUUUAACUGCCACGGCUAUUCCUCAUGCGAGCUUUGAUUUGACCAACAUCUUACAUGGUGAACAGUACAUUGAAUUAUUUGAUUCGGUUCCCACGGAUGGCAUCUUGACUACCACCACUAGUGUAAUUGACGUUCUGGACAAAAAAUCUGGUGCGUUAGUAAUCACACAAUCGGAUUCGUACGAUGAAAACGGUACAUUGAUCGCUCGUGGCCAAAGCAGUACAUUUGUUGUUGGUGCUGGAAAUUUCAAUGGUAAAUCCAAAGCAAGUCCCAAUGUGAAAGCACUAGUUGCGAACCCUAAGCGAUCACCGGAUGCUUCAGUCCAGAUCAAAACCACUCGAAAUCAAGCUGCCUUAUAUCGUCUUUCCGGUGAUCUGAACCCACUUCAUAUCGAUCCGGGAUUUUCGGCUAUCGCCGGCUACAAGACACCGAUUCUACACGGCCUAUGUUCGAUGGGAAUAUCUGUGAAGGCAGUUUUGAAUCAGUACGGCGCUGAUGAUUCGAAUCUUUUCAAGGCAGCAAAGGUGCGCUUCUCUAAACCAGUUCUGCCAAGUCAAACUCUUCGUGUUGAUAUGUGGAAGGAGCCAAACAAUCGGGUUUGUUUCCGCACGGUCGUGGUUGAAACGAAUACAGAGGUGCUGUCUGGCGCAUACGUUGACUUCAAAAAGAUAAUUGUAAAACCAAACAUGACAGCUGGACAAAGCCUGCAAAGCGACGCGCUGUUCACCGCAAUCAAGGAACGCAUCGCGGAAAACGAAGCCAAGGCUAAAGCUAUCAAUGCUGUUUUCCUAUACAAAAUUACCGACGCUGGAAAAGUGGUCAAGGAGUGGGUACUUGAUUUAAAAUCACCCAAAGUAUAUGAAGGUCCAGUGCAAGGCAAGGCCGACACCACAAUGACUAUUUCCGAUGGCGACUUUGUUGAUUUGGCAAUGGGCAAACUGCAACCACAGGCAGCAUUCAUGAAGGGUAAGCUGAAGAUCACCGGCAAUAUUAUGCUAGCACAGAAACUGGCGCCGCUGUUGAAGACAGAGGCGAAGCUCUAAGGAGAUGUUGUAUAAGUCAACUAUUUUUUAAAAAAAAAGAAUACAUUCUGUACAUUAAUAAAAUGGUGAAGUGAGAUAAAUGUUCAAAACUUUUAUAUACAAAUAUUAGUUUUUUUUGCAUGCAAAAAACGUAUUGAACUUACACUAAGCAGAUGAUUUUUACUUCCAACAUGGGAGCUUGGGGCAAUAUAUGGUUCUGUUGAAAAUCAGGAA